UAUUUUUAUUGUAAAAUUUCAUGUCCGAUGUGAGCAUGGUUAGAGUGGAACGACGAAUCAAAAAAUAUUCGUGUCUAUGUUUUGUUCAAUGUUCUUCGGAUUGUAAUGAGGCAAAUUAUUUUCUCUUUUCUUUGAUUCGGCGUCUUUGUCUUUUCCUCUGCUCUUUCUCUCAUACUGGCUUCAAUAUUCGCCUUAUUCUCAUACCAUCCCAAGCGUUCACUCGCUCACUCGCUCGUCCGUUCACUCACUCUACUCACCGCGCUUACAAAACACUCCAACCACAAGAUUAUAUUAAAUUGCGGCAUUCGUUUUGCCCAUUGCCAUUGAGUGGCAUCAGUUCAUCAUCGACGCUUCUGCAUUAAACACAUACAAUUAAUUCACUGUUGCGCGCGAUCCGCAAAACACACUGCAAUUUUCCAUACUUGUCCAUUCAAUUUUCUGCACUUGUUUUUCGGUGUGUUCAAAAAGAUCUUCGGUUUUUUUCGGUGUGUUUCGUUGUAUGUAUGUUUCUACACGCACAAUAUCGAACAAGUUUUUCGUGUCAAAAACAUUCUUCGCCUGUGUUCGCUUCGCAUUUGUUUAUUUCUUUCGGUUGCUUCUCCCGCUCGCUAUUCUCAUUGAUAAUCAGUUGUUGUGAUUUACUGAGAUUAGAGUGUAACUUUGUGUUGUAUUCGCAUGUUUUUGUACGAGUUUUUUCUUCUUCUAUCUUUCUUUCGAUAAAUUAUUUAAACAAAUUAGACUGCGAAUCGUAAAAUUUGUAUGUGCGCGCGCUCGUUCAUUCGACUAGAAAAACUGGAAAAAUCCAUCUUGUGCGGUGUGUGUGUGUGUGUGUGUAUACCGUGAUCGGUUUUCUAAUAAAUGAUUCUUCAUUUCAGUACGUUCAAUCGAGUCAUACAAAGCUGUGUGGUAAUCUGAGUAGUCUCGACCAGUUUUAAAGUGAUUUCUAGACUUAGUGUGUAUGUGGUGUCAACAGAAAGUGAAACUAUUCUUUUUUUUGUACACACGAGAGUUGAUAGCAUUUUCCAUUUUUUUCUUGAAAAAAAAGCGGAGAAAUUGCGGCCAGCCAACUGCCAUUGCGUAUAAGAAGUUCGUCACAUUUUUUGGAUUACGGAAAAAUUUCGACGAAAUGCAAGUGCUGGAACUCAACACAAAAGACUAUGAUGGACUUAAAAGUGUCAGUGAUGGCGUGAUCGAUGCAGCAUUCCGAAAGAUUCGAAAAAACAGCAUUGGCUUUCAUAUAUGGAAAGUCGAGAAUAAUCGUGUGGAACUGUUGCCCAAGGAAAAGUUUGGAAUAUUUUACGAUGAUUGCACGUAUAUAAUUUAUGCGUCGACGAUCAAAGGCAACAUUGUCAAUCAAUACACAAUUAGCCGUGAAAUCAGACCGAAUACGAAUAUUUUGUAUGGUUUUAUUCAUUUUUGGUUGGGAUCGAAUACGACGUCAGACAAAUCGGGCAAUGUUGCGUACAAAGUCAUUGAACUUGACAACCACUUGGAGAAUAUUGCGUGCCAGUAUCGUGAAACGCAAGAGCAUGAAAGUGCACGAUUUAUGUCAUAUUUCAAAGAUGGAAUUAUUGUGUACUCGCAUCACGCGCAAUUCGAAUCAAAUGCGCAAUUGUUUCAAGUAAAAGAUAAAAAAUGUCCACGCUGUGUCCAACGAUCGCCAAUUAAUUGGUCACACUUCAAGAGCAACUAUGUUAUGAUUUUGAAAACGCCAAAAUAUCUAUUCGUGUGGAUCGGACGGACGAGUAGCCACAGCGAACGUUUGAAUGCAUUCAAACUGGCGGCGAAAAUGCGUGCACAAUGUAAGCAAAUGCCUGAAAUGGUGGUCGUUGAUGAUGGCUACGAACAAUCGAUGAACGAAACCAAGAAGAAAUCAUGGAACGAAUACUUAUGCUUAUCACAACGUGUCGUGCAUCCAUCGGAUGAACUUCCAGCAAUUCCGGUGCCGACAUUUCGUUUGUACAAGUGUGGCUUUCACAACGGCAAGUAUCGCAUUGAAGAAGUGAAAUCGUCGAUUCUGCAUCAGCGCGAUUUGAGCAGCAGUCGUGCCUAUAUCAUCGACUGUGGGCCGCAUUAUGGCGCCUGGAUUUGGGUUGGAAGGUACUCCGAUACCAAGGAUAAAUCAGAAGCAAUGCGAAAUGCAAGAGGUUUUGUUAAAAAGAAAUCAUACCCGGCUACAACACCUGUCGUUCGAGUGAUUGAGGGCUAUGAACCGUACGAGUUUGUUCGGUUCUUUCCGUGGUGGCAAGAUUUCGACAUUAAUGGCAAUCGGCCAGCAAAUCUGUUGGGCAAGUAUGAUGCUUUGUCAUUGAUUCAGCGACAAGGCACCAAACCACACUUGGCGGCCGAGUCUCAAUUGAUUGAUGAUGGCCACGGCGAAAUAGUUGUCUAUCGCGUUGGACCAAAAGGCGACAUCAUUGAGAUACCGAAACGCAACAAUAUCGCAUUGUUUUCGGGCGAUUGUUAUCUUAUCCAUUACAUCGUGACGUCGGUUGAAAACAAUGGGAAAACGCCAGCCGAAUCGAAUGUAAAAAACAUUCUCUAUCUGUGGACGGGCAAACAAUGCUCGGCUGAAAUUGCACUGCAAGGCGAAAAUUUGGCCGAAGAAUAUGCCAAGCACUUGCGCAAUAAGGUGAUGCAGGUGCGCGUGUACGAAAACAUGGAGCCACCGCAUUUCUUGCAAGUUUUCAAAGGGAAAUUGGUUGUGUUCAAAGGGAAGUGCAUCGAUUUUGAUCCGCAGGGCAGUUGCUGUAUCUUCCCCAACACAUACCUGCUGAAGGUAAUGGGCAAUGCAACGCAUAAUUCAAAGGCAUUCCAAGUAUCGAGUAAAAUUGUCGAUUUUACGGCGUAUGAUUGUUUCAUUAUUCGUACGGCCGAUGGGAAUAAUUGGAUUUGGUGUGGACCCAGCUCGACGGGUGAUAAUCGUGAGGUUGCCAAAAGUAUUGGAUCCAUGAUUGGUGAAUAUAGCUUGGUUAUUGGCGGCAAUGAAUCGAGUGAAUUUUGGAAAUACAUCCCGGAUUCUGUGAGAGUUAAAUUGAAAAAUGCAAACAAUAACAAACUCAUUCGAAACGAUCCCGAUUUAAAAAAUGCAAUUGAAAAGAAUUUCUACAUUGACCGAUCGAAAGCCGAACUCUAUGUGGUCACUAUCGAAGCAACUGGCACGAUUAAAACCAAACAACUCGUUUCGUUCACUCAGAGCGAUCUGUCGUCGGAGGACAUUUAUCUAUUGGACGCUCGCCUAUUUGUUUAUGUUUGGAUCGGUUCGCUUAGUCCAAAAACGGAAAAGUCCAAAUGCUGGCAAAUUAUCGAUGAAUAUUUAGCAAAUUAUCCAGUGCCUCGUGAUAUUUCAACGCCUCACGCAGUCAUUUAUCAAGGCUUAGAACCAUCCACAUUCAUUGGAUACUUUGAUCAAUGGGAUACAAAGUUUUGGGAUACGCAUCCAACAUACGAAAUGGAACGAUUGAACAUUGAAGCAUUAUCAAAUGGCCACAUUACGAUGCCAGUUACAAAAUUGAAUAAAUACACGAACAAUGAUUUCGACAGCUACCCCAAGUAUCCGGUGGAAUUAUUACGAAGUGAAGCGAGUCGUUUACCUGAUACGAUCGAUCCAAAAAUGAAGGAAUUGCACUUGACGCACGAUGAUUUCGUUUCAAUAUUUCACAUGAACUACACAGAAUUCGCUGGUCUACCGAAUUGGAAAAAACAAGAGAUAAAGAAAAUUCAAAAGUUGUUUUAAUUCGACAAUAAGAUUUGCAAUUCAAAGCAGAAGAAGAAGAUAGAAAAAAUUGAACGAUAUUUACUUAUUGCUUAAGCUAACAAAAAUGGCAUAUACUUUUUUUUAUGUUUGCUAAACGUUGAACAAUACUUUUUACUUUUUAUAAAUUGCAUACAAAUUAAAUUAAUUGUUUUGCGUACAAAUCUA